AGUGGGACAGACUGUAACUGCCCCCCCCCCCCCCCCCCCCAUCCCCGGUCUCUCUUCUCGCCCGUACAGGAGGCGACGCCAUGACGACCGAAAUGCAGGAGAUCGCCAUCACGGAGGAGAAGCCGUUACUCACGGAUCAGGCUGAGGCCAAGGACGCUGAACUGGCUGCUCGGAUCCUCCUGGACCAAGGACAGGAGCACAGCAUCGAGACCCCCCACGGCGUCCUGCACGUGACCCUGCACGGCACGCGGACCACCCGCCGGCCGGCCAUCCUCACCUUCCACGACGUGGGUCUGGACAACAAGAGCUGCUUCUCCCCCCUGUUCAAGUUCGAGGAGAUGCAGGAGAUCGUGAAGAACUUCACCCUGAUUCACGUGGACGCUCCGGGGCAGGAGGAGGGCGCCGCCCCUUACCCCGCCAGUUACCAGUACCCCUCCAUGGACACCAUCGCAGAGAUGAUCCCUUCGGUCCUGCAGUUUUUCAACUUCCGCACUGUGAUCGGAGUGGGUGUGGGAGUGGGAGCGUACAUCCUCUCCAAGUUCGCGAUGGCGAACCCAGACUCGGUGGAGGGCCUGGUUCUGGUCAACAUCGACCCCAACGCCCGCGGAUGGAUCGACUGGGCCGCUCAGAAGCUCAGCUCCGUGACGUCCUCUCUGACGGAGCAGAUCUUGUCCCACCUGUUCAGUCAGGAGGAGCUGAGCUCCAACUCCGAUCUAGUGCAGUCUCACAGGGAGCGCAUCUCCAAAGCGCCCAAUCUGGUCAACAUUGAGCUCCUGUGGAAGACGUACAACAGCCGCAGGGACUUGAACAUCGACCGCAGCACCUCCUUCAAGUGUCCAGUGAUGUUGGUGGUGGGCGACCAGGCUCCGUACGAGGAAGCGGCCGUGGAGUGCAACAGCAAAAUGGAUCCGACGACCACCUCCUUCCUGAAGAUGGCCGACGCCGGCGGCCUCCCCCAGCUGACCCAGCCUGCUAAACUGACUGAGGCGUUCAAGUACUUCAUCCAGGGAAUGGGCUACAUGGCUUCGUCCUGCAUGACCCGCCUGUCCCGCUCCCGCACCACCUCCCUGUCCUCCUCCUACUCCAUGGAGGGGUCCCGCUCUCGCUCCCGCACCCUCUCCCAGGGCUCGCAGGGCGGACAGAUGCCGCCGAGCCCCUCCCAGACGAUGGAGGUGUCCUGCUGAAGGGAGAGAUAAAAAAAAUUAAAAUAAAAAAAAAUAAAAAAACGAGAGAGAGAAAGGAGGGCGAAAGGGAAAAGUAAAGCGCCGACGAUGUAGGAGGGAAAAAGGGAUGCGUUAUUUGUCACUGAUCAACUUCCAUCGACACUAGGGGCGGGGUGGGGACUAGAAACCGGGGGGGGGGGGGAAGAGAAAACAAAGGAUCCCAGAGGUGCCCGUCCUUCUAGUCGCGUCCCCCUCCCGGCCCAAAAACAUUUGGUCUGUUCUGCUGUGAGUAUCACAUGUAGACAAGAAGAGAUCAUUAGGGGGGGGGGCGCCAGUAGUCCUCCCUCCCUCCUUCCCUCUAGGUCAGCCACUAGAGCCCUUUGGUUUAGACGAGGGGGCCUAUAGAGGCAUUAACCGAUAGUAAUAACUCUGUUGUCGAUGACGAUAUUGAAGCUGAUGAUGAUUAUAAUGAAGUAGUUAAAAAAAAAAACACACACCGUUGUCUUUAUUGCACAAUGAGCUUAAAAAUACAUAGAUACAAAUAAAAGACAUACUAUAGCAGAGGUACUUUAUAACAAUGUGUGUCUAGUUUUUAUCUGAAUGUUUUUUAAUCCUGAUUUUAUUUCCUCCUUCUAACCUGAUUGAAGGUUUUUUGUGUCUUCCAUUGGCCCCUGUAUAUUGACAUGUACCUUUUGUUUUAACAUCAGAUUUGAUUUUAGUGAGAUGGACAGGAAGCUUUUCUUUAUUUCUAUUCUUUCUUUGUCGACUUGGAAGUUGCAUGCCUGGAAAUAGCCCACAGAAUAUGUGUGUGUGCGUGUGUGUGUGCGUGUGGUGUUUUGGCUCCUUGGCGCGUUUGCCGAGCAUGGCGGCACUCGCAUGACGGAUUGGCAUUCGUUAGCUUCAGCUGACGUUAAUGCCAAUCUAAUAGUCUAAUAGUGCUUCCAGUACCACGUGCUACCCAACAGGAAGCGUUUUCACGACAUGGCGGCACGCGUGCAAGUAUCGGACGUGGCCAGUAGGGGUCACUGCGUUCGAGAGGAUUGUGUCGCGACGGUUGCGACGUGUCUGGGGAGUGUAUGUGAGGAAUGUUUGAAAAGGGAAUCUGAAUGGAAACAUUUUUGGAAUUUAACAUUUUGAGCCCAAUGAAACCCCUCCCGCCUUCUUGUGUGACUCAUAACUGACAAUGAACCAGCCCCUUCACUGCCAACCUACUCAGAGAGAAGAAAGUCACUCCCCAGGGCAGCAGUGGAAACCCUAAAAGCUACAAAUCGCUGUUUCUAUCCUGCUAACGCAGAGUUUUGGGGUCGAUGAAUGCACGGUGUGCCGAAAUGUAAACGCUCCUCCCACACUUACUUUAGGCCUCAUGCACCCGGUAACCGGGAGCGUCUACCAAAUAAGGGACAACGGUGGAGCGGAUGAAUGACGAUGCCAAAUAAGGAAUUGGAACGGUAUUUGGGGAGAGCAGUACACGCUUGUCCAUUUUGUCUUUUUUACUUCAAUCAUGUUUUUUCCCCUCUGUUUUGGGAUAAUUGUCAUGAUUUUUUUUUUUUAUCUCUGUGAAGUGUUAGUUGACCCUCCCAAUGUGCUCACAAAUUAGACAACAGUGUGUGUGUGUGUGUGUGUGUGAUAGUUCAUGCGUAACCUUUUUUAGCAUUAGAGCUGAUGAGGGAGUGUAGCGUAAUGAACAAUUCAAGAUAAAGGUAAUGAGAUUACAAUCAAUUUUACUUGUGUCGUUAAUUUCUCUGUGUAACACAAUGAACCUCCUAUAAAAAGAAAACUUAAAUAUGAAUAAAAGCUACAGAGAAAUA